AUUGAUUGGCGGCCUCCGGUCCAAUGGGAAUAGCACUACUUUGGCGGGACUCUUGACCACCGCCAGACCCCCCGGUGUCACAGUUCUAGUGCAAAGUGAUCGGCCACCCGUGGACAUGUUCGUGUCCGAUUUCCGCAAGGAAUUCUACGAGCUGGUCCAGAGCCAGAGGGUCCUUCUCUUUGUGGCCUCCGACGUGGAUGCUCUUUGUGCCUGCAAGAUCCUUCAGGCCUUGUUCCAUUGUGACCAUGUCCAGUACACGCUGGUUCCAGUUUCUGGCUGGCAAGAACUUGAAACUGCAUUCCUUGAGCACAAAGAACAGUUCCGUUAUUUUAUUCUCAUAAACUGUGGCGCUAAUGUUGACCUGUUGGAUAUCCUUCAACCCGAGGAAGAUAUUAUAUUCUUUGUAUGUGACACCCACAGGCCAGUCAAUGUCGUGAACGUGUACAACACCACCCAGAUCAAACUACUCAUUAAACAAGACGAUGACCUAGAAGUCCCCGCCUAUGAUGACAUCUUCAGGGACGAAGAAGAGGAUGAGGAGGAAUCAGGGCAUGAAAGUGAUGUCUCGGAGCCUUCUGAGAAGCGUACGCGCCUGGAAGAGGAAAUAGUGGAGAAAACUAUGAAGAGGAGGCAGCGGAGAGCAUGGGAGGCCCGGAGGAGAGAAAUCCUCUUUGACUAUGAGCAGUAUGAAUACCACGGGACAUCUUCCGCCUUGGUGAUGUUUGAGUUGGCCUGGGUGAUGUCCAAGGAUCUGAACGACAUGCUGUGGUGGGCCAUCGUGGGACUGACAGACCAGUGGGUUCAAGACAGAAUCACCCAAAUGAAGUACGUGACUGACGUGGGCUUGCUGCAGCGCCAUGUAUCACGACACAACCACAGGAACGAGGAUGAGGAGCACGCCCUCUCCGUGGACUGCACACGCAUCGCCUUCGAGUAUGACCUCCGCCUGGCCCUGUACCAUCACUGGUCUCUCUACGACAGCCUCUGUAACACGUGCUACACCGCAGCCAGGUUCAAGCUCUGGUCCGUGCAUGGCCAGAAGCGGCUGCAGGAGUUCCUGGCAGACAUGGGCCUUCCACUGAAACAGGUCAAACAGAAGUUCCACUCCAUGGACGUUUCCUUGAAGGAGAACUUGCAGGAAAUCAUUGAAGAAUCUGCAAAUAAAUUUGGGAUGAAGGACGUACGCAUGCAGACCUUCAGCAUUCACUUUGGGUUCAAGCAUAAGUUCCUGGCCAGCGACGUGGUCUUCGCCACGAUGUCUCUGAUGGAGAGCACCGAGAAGGAUGGCUCCGGGGCUGACAACUUCACCCAGGCUUUGGACAGUCUCUCCAGGAGCAACCUGGACAAGCUCUACCACGGCCUGGAACUCGCCAAGAAGCAGCUGCGGGCCACCCAGCAGACCAUCGCCAGCUGCCUCUGCACCAACCUCGUCAUCUCCCAGGGGCCUUUCCUCUACUGCUCCCUCAUGGAGGGCACUCCAGAUGUCAUACUCUUCUCCAAGCCAGCGUCCCUGAGCCUGCUCAGCCGACACCUGCUCAAGUCCUUCGUGUAUUCAACUAAGAACCGACGCUGCAAGCUGCUGCCCUUGGUGAUGGCCGCGCCCUUGAGUGCAGAGCAGGGCACUCUGACCGUGGUGGGCAUUCCCCCGGAGACAGACAGCUCGGACAGAAAGAACUUUUUUGGGCGGGCCUUUGAGAAGGCCGCAGAAAGCACCAGCUCCCGGACAUUGCACAACCACUUUGAUCUGUCAGUAAUUGAGCUCAAAGCCGAGGAUCGGAGCAAGUUUCUGGACGCGCUGGUUUCUCUCCUGUCCUGA